AAAUGGCGUUCUUUGUGUUGUGACGUUUUUAUUUUGUAAUUAUUGUUUUCAUUAUUAUUGUACUUGUACAGGUGCAAUUAAAUGAAUAAUAUUAAAUGUUAUUUUUGCGUGCACCACGCCAAACUAUUCUGUUGUCCGCACAAUUUUUUUUUGUGUCAUGACUGAUUCCCCACUCUCUACGGGACUGGACACAUCUGGACAGCAACUGAUAGAAAAGUGGGCGCAUCCACAGAAAUCAAAGUGCAAGAAUUUACUGAAAAACGGAUUUAAGUUAAAUUUAAUACGGAAUGGGGGAUAUAAGUCCGUUUUGUCGAAGAGCAGUGAAGAUUUGUCCAGUCAUAAGUUACUAGAACAAGGUGAACCUGUUCAAAAAAGUUAUAAAGAAUGUAGUAGUCCAAAGACACCAAAGGGGUCUCCUUUGGGAUCACCUACGAGCGAAACAUGGUUUAAUACAUGGCCCGAAAGAUAUGAUAAGCUAAAAAGUGUAGACUCAAGUCCAGAAAGAACAAAGCUGCCAGUAGCAGACAACCAAAAUACUCAAACUGAAACCUCAAGUAUAGAAUCGAAUGUUGCAAAUAAACAAUUCACAUUAAAUGAAGCACUGAAAAACAUAUCAUUAGCUUAUAGUCCUGUAACAAAAAAACUGCAUCUUGUAGAAAAUAUAAAGGUAACAGACAAAAAUAUUGAAGAAGAAUCUCAUCUGUCCCAUGACAAUAAUUUAAAGCAUAAGUUGAGUAAUGGUGAUGCAUUUAAGGAUAAUAUAGAUCCAUCGAAAAAAUAUGGCCACAGAAGGAUACAGGAUGGUUCAUUUUCAAGUACCAUAUCAACCCUAAGUGAGCCAUCAACAUCAGGAAGUCUUAUCGGCAGUGAAGAUAGAUCUUUGUCAAAUUUUGAAGAAGACAAUGACUGCCCUCAAGAAAAAACUAGGAAAAAGAGUUUGACUCAAUUUUUUUCCAAGAAUGUAUUUUCAUGGAAAUCCAAUGGCACAGAAGUAGGCAGCAGUGUAUGGAAAUUUUUUGGCAAAAGCUCUGUCCCAUGUAAUAAUUCACCAGUCCAUUCAGUUGCCAGCUCAUCCGCCCUCAUCCAAUUAAAACGUCCAUCGUCUUUGCCAGCAAAAACUUUUGAGGAAGAACAGAAACACGCUCAAGAGUACAACGAGAUUUUAGCCGCGGCUAAACGAAAAGAAGCGAAAAGUAGUGCCGCAAAAGAAAAACAGAAAAAGAUGCAACUUCAGAUGGAGGAGCAACAAGCGAAUUCGGCCAAGCAUUUUUCUCAGCAGGUCAUACCUAAUUGGAUACAAAUGGAGAAGAACAAAAAAACUCAGGAGUUAUGGUGGCAAGGUCUUCCAUCGAGCGUUAGAGGAAAAGUAUGGAGAUUAGCUAUAGGAAAUGAUUUGAACAUCACUCCGCAAUUAUACGAAAUCUGUUUAACAAGAGCUCAAAAUAGAUUGAACAGUCCUGAACCACCCCCUUGUGAAUAUGAAAUUGACCAAGAAAGUAGCAUGGACGGAAUAGAAUUGGACAUUUCGAGAACAUUUCCUAAUUUAUGUAUAUUUCAGCAGGGAGGACCUUAUUCAGAUGUUUUACAUUCAUUAUUGGCUGCUUAUGUUUGUUUUAGACCGGAUGUCGGAUAUGUCCAGGGAAUGUCCUAUAUAGCGGCCAUUCUCAUUCUCAACAUGGAACCAUUAGACGCGUUCGUGUGUUUCGCGAAUUUGCUCAAUCAACCUUUACACUUGGCCGCGUUCACGCUCAACCAGACCCAAAUGAACGCUUAUUAUAACGCCUACAAUCGGGUCUUUAACAGCAAUUUGCCCAAAUUAUAUGGACAUUUUCAAAGGGCCGGCUUAACGCCAGAUUUAUAUUUGCACGAUUGGAUUUAUACAUUGUAUGCUAAAGCUGUGCCUCUGGACGUUGCCUGUAGGAUAUGGGAUAUUUAUUUGAGAGAUGGUUUUGAAUUUGUUUUUCGGACCGCCAUAGGAAUUCUUCAUUUGUACCAACCGAUACUACUUACGAUGGACUUCCUGCACGGCGCUCAAUUUCUUACAAAACUCCCAGAAGACAUUUCUUCUGAACAACUAUUUAAAAGUAUCCAAUAUGUGACCACCAACGUCGGUAAAACCACUUUUAGUGAAAUAGUGGAAAAGUGUGGAGCACAACAAUCCAUGACUGAUUUGUAUAGGUAGUUAUAGAUUUGAUUAGAAUAAGUGUAAAUAAAUUUAUUUUUUUGGCUAGGUCCACUUUUGUGAAAUAUUUUAUAUUUUAGGAAUGUAUUCUAAAAACACUUAUUUAUUUAUAUAUACUUGCCUGUUUUUAAUAUUUCAUUUCAAUUACUAACAAAAAAAACUUUAACAAGUAUCUACUUAGAUAUUUAAAGUUUUUCCGUCCUAUUAUUAAUCUAUGUAGAAUCUCGUGUUAGGUGCAAUUUAUACAUGCAUAGAUGACAUUUAAAGUGCUCGUCCUAUUAUUUACAUUCUUGAUGAACUCUAUAUAGUUUUCUUUAUUUUAAAAGCUUUUUGCCUAUCAUAUAUUUUAUUUCAUUUUAGUUUUAUAUCUGUCCUUAAGCGAAUAUAAAUUGUGAUAUUUACUUGCAAACUAUAAAAGUUAGUUACUAGGUAUUUUAUUUUAGAUAAAAAGGAAUUUUUGAUACAGUGUAAUCUAAAUUCUCAUUUGAUAAUCCUGCUUAAAAUUAAGAUUAUUUAUGUUGGGUCUACAACACUCAAGGAAAUUAUUUAAUUAUUAGUUUUUGUUUAAGGUGGUAUUUUUUAAUAAAGCAUAUUUUAUUUAUACA